GGCCUCCAAAUUGAAAAGCGCGGGCGAAUUGCUGGAUGCUCAAGCACAUUCGCUGCGGAUGAGCCUGAACCGAAGGAGUGCCGCAGCUGGAGAUCUGGCCUGCAAAUUCUGUACCCAGGUGCAUUGAGCUCAUCCACUUACCGCAGAGCUGUGGCUUCUGACCCGCGCGCGUGUUUGCACAGACAAUCCAGUCAUCGUUCUUCGGCCGCGUGCAACUGCGACCCAGACCAGCGGCGCUUGCCGCAUUAUCCACACAGUAGCUUUAUACCUGGUGGUUAUGAUUGUUUACCGGCUGGACAAGGAGUGUUGCGCAAGCGCAUCAGCAUUCUGUUCGCUGGGCACCUUCUGCUGUGGUCGCUGCGAGCUGGUUUGUCGGUGUUGUCAGCGCUGUCCCUGUUGUUAGCUCGGCAAGCGCUAGCUCCAAGGGCGCGUCCAGCUGACUCAGUCUCGACUGGCCUCCUGGCCUUGCGCGAGGCCACCAGGCGGGCGGUGUCGGAGCUCAGGACCGGAACGCUUCCCUCGCGCAGCGCUCUUGCGCGCUGCGACGCAGCGCUAGUACCUUCGUAAGGCAGCACAGAAAUGGCUUGUCGCGGCGCGCUGGCUGGUGCCAGCGCUGCGGCGGGGCAGGCCGGCUCCGUUAGAACGCCGUCUUCUCAAGUCUCAACCGCGACGCUUGAAGUUCCUCGGCUUGGGCGCUCGGCCCAGCGCGGCGCCAGCGCGGCACCCUUGAGUUCGGGCGCCUACUUACAGCGGAAAAUGCAGCUGGCCCAGCGCGUUACACGCGUCGCGGCCGCGGCGCCGGGCUCUCCCCAGCCGCACAAACCCUACUUGGGCCCCUUCAUCCGCAAGGCCCAGCAGCAGCCUGUCGCGGCCGCCGUGUCCUCCUCCUCCAGCUCCUCCUCUGCAUCCUCCUUUUCUGCUGGCAGCAUCAGCAUCAGCAGCGGCCUCGGCUCCAAGGGCCUGCUGGCGCAGCUGCGCGCCCAGCAGCCGCAGCAACAGCCCCAACGCGCUGCUGCCUCCCAACAGCCGCAGGCGCCUCAGGCGCCUCAGCCGCUGUUUGCCGCGCCCGCCGACCCUCUGGGCGGCACGGUGCAGUCGUACGAGGACGAGUACGUGCUGCCGGGCUGGGGCGUGGAGCUGCCGCUGGAGGUGCAGGCGGAGCGGCUGAGGCAGGUGCUGGCGGCGGUGGCGGCGGCACCCGCAGCAGAGGACAAGGUCCGUGUGCUGCUGAGUGUGGACAGUGUGGCCGCCUUCGCCGCCGCCCCGCGCAACGCCGCCGUUAUGGCGGCGCUGGCUGGGCUGCCGGCGGCGGAGCAGCGGCUGCUGCUGGCGCUGCCGGCCAUGCUGCAGGAGCACGUGCUGCAGGAGCCGGCGGCGGCCUCCGCCAGCGCGCCCGAGGCUCUGCGCCCGCGGCUGUCGGACCUGGCUGCCCGGCUGGCGCGCGUGGAGACGUUCUACGACUCGGUGGGCGGGCUGCUGGGCUACCAGCUCAAGAGCCUGGAGCUCAUCGUGGAGGGGCUGCAGGACAAGACGGCUCGCGCCAAGGAGCAGCAGCGCGCAGCGGAGGAGGCCGCCGCGGCGUCCGCCGCCUCGGUCGCCGAGUCCAUCGACGUGGUGGCGGCCGACGGCACCACGGGCGCGGAGCGGCGGCGGCCGCAGGUGGCCUUCCACGUGCCCAAGGGCAUCGACCUGGCGGGAGAGGAGGGCGCGCAGGUGGGCGUGAGCGCGGCCGCGCAGGGCCUGGCCUCGCUGCCCUUCCUGGCCGAGAUCUACCCGGUGGGCGGCGCCGGCGACCGGCUGGGCCUGGUGGACGAGGCCACGGGGGAGUCGCUGCCGGCGGCCAUGCUGCCGUACGCGGGGCGCAGCCUGCUGGAGGUGCUGCUGCGGGACCUGCAGGCCCGCGAGUACCUGUACUUCCAGCUGACGGGCCGCCAGGUGACCACCCCCGUGGCCAUCAUGACCUCCGACGCCAAGGGCAACCACGAGCGUGUGAGCCGCCUGCUGGGCGAGCUGGGCUGGGCGGGCCGCGGCCGCGACGCCUUCCGCCUGUUCCGCCAGCCCAUGGUGCCCGUGGUGGGCGUGGAGGACGGCAAGUGGCUGCUGUCGCGGCCUCUGGGCCCCAUGAUGAAGCCGGGCGGUCACGGCGCCAUCUGGAAGCUGAUGUGGGACGAGGGCGUGUUCGACUGGCUGCAGGGGCAGCACGGCAGGCGGGCGGCGCUGGUGCGACAGAUCAGCAACCCCAUGGCGGGCAUGGACACCACGCUGCUGGCGCUGGCGGGCGCGGGCUUCAGCCGCCGCAACGGCGGCGCCAGCGCCUUCGGCUUCAUGAGCUGCGAGCGCGCGGUGGGCGCGGCGGAGGGCAUGAACGUGGUGCAGGAGCGCAAGCGCUGGCUGCCCGACAACAACCACCCCGAGGGCGGGCGCUACGUGUUCGAGUACGGCGUGACCAACGUGGAGUACACCGAGUUUGAGAAGCUGGGCCUGAACGACGAGGCGGUCAGCGCCGGCAGCAAGACCUCCGUGUUCCCAGCCAACACCAACGUGCUGUACGUGGGGCUCAAGGGCGCGCGCAGCGUGGUGGCGGAGGCGGUGGCUCGUGGCGACGGCGCUCAGCUGCUGCCCGGCCUCAUCUUCAACCUGAACAAGAAGGUCAGCUACACCGACCCGCUUGGCGGCCCCAGCCGCCAGGUGACGGCGGGGCGCAUGGAGAGCACCAUGCAGAACAUGGCCGACUACCUGACUGACCGCUUCGAGGAGCGCCGCGAGCCCAACGACCUGCUGGCAAACAACCAGCUGUCCACCUUCCUGGUCUCCAACCUCCGCCGCAAGGUCACCUCCAGCGCCAAGAAGCGCCGCGAGCCCGGCUCGGCGCGCAUCGCCCAGACGCCCGACGGCUCCUUCUACGACCUGCAGCGCAACGCCUGGCAGAUCCUGCAGCGCUGCGGGCUGAAGAACGUGCCUGAGCCCGGCAGCCCUGAGCAAUACCUGGAGAAGGGCCCCGGCUUCAUCUUCCUGUUCCACCCGGCCCUGGGCCCGCUGUGGGACGUGAUCAGCCAGAAGCUGGUGGGCGGGUCGCUGGCGCAGGGCAGCGAGCUGGUGCUGGAGUGCGCCGAGGCGCGGCUGGUGGACGUGGACAUCGCCGGCAGCCUGCAGGUGUACGCGGAGAAUGUGAUGGGGCACCUGGAGUCGCCUGCCGACACCGCCGCCGCCACAGCCACCGCCCUGCACGCCGCCCUCGCAGAGGACAUCGCACAGCAGCAGCAGCAGCAGCAGCAGGCCUCCGUCGCCGCCGCCGGCGGCGCGGCUGCCGCCGCCGUGGCGGCAGCCGCCGCCAGCACGGCGGCCGCCUCCUCGCCGGCUCUGACCAUGCCCUUCGGCUUCGGCACCAAUGCCAGCGCGGCCGCCGGCAGCCCCAGCGUCAGCGCGGCCGGCGGCGGCAUCCUGCGUUACGGCCGCCGCUGCGGGCGCGUGCAGAUGGUCAACGUGCGCGUGCGCAACGCCGGCAUCGACUGGGCCUCGCCCGACAACGUGUACUGGAAGCACCAGGUGCGGCGCCACGAGAGCUGCAAGGUGGUGCUGCUGGGGCAGUCCGAGUUCGAGGCGCACGACGUCACCCUGACCGGCAGCCACACCUUUGUGGUGCCCGACGGCCACCGCCUGUCCGUCACCGCCGCGCCCGACGGCGCCGGCAUCGAGGCAAAGCUGACGCCGCUGACGCCGCUUUCGGCGGUUGACGGCGCAGCCGCAACACUGCUCGGCGGCGCCGCCGGCGGCUUCCAACCGUCGUGGGAGUGGCAGUACGUCAUGGACUCCAACGGCGCGGUGAAGCUGUCGUACGUGGGAACCACCACGACGGUUGGCAGCCGCAGCGCGCCGGCGGUUGGCCUGACGGCGCCGGUCAUGGCGGCGGCGGAGCGGCAGGGGCGCCAGGUGCUGGACUUCAGCAUUUGAGCGACGCCGGCCUGACCUGCAGCCGAGCUGGUUUCAAGAGGCCAGCAGAGACGGUGUGCAAGAGAGCCAGCAGCGACCUGUACAGAGCUAGGGGCAGCAGUUGUGCUGGGCCAGGGACCGGCCGUGGCAGCACUUGGGAGGAGGAGCAAGGGCUGUCAUGCAGAGAAGAGGACGCUGGACUCGGCAGGAAGCAGCGCAGUGUGGUUGCCAUGAGUAGUAGUAAGAGAUUGGCUUGUUCAUGAAGAGAGUCAGGCGACGCCGCACGUUGACAGCAUGGCCACAGCAGUUGCAGUGAAGGAAAAGGUAUUGCAUGGGGCCCCCGAGCCGUUUGCACGGCACGGCAUGGACAUACAACAUACAACGCAUAGGGGAGCUGUAGGAACAGGGUUGGUGUGGGCGACACUGAGAGAGCCGUGCGGAUUGCCGAAGCGUCGGGCGUGUCCGCAAUUGUGCCAGUGCACGUGAAGAUUGUCGUGCAUGUGUCGCUGAUGACGUUGAUGUACCCCAAUUACUGCCAGCGUGUUAUUAGGCAGGUGCCAGCGCAGGUGUAGCUGUUAAGUCCAUAGCCCUGAAGGCAUCGUUCGCUGAGAGGUGCUACAUUUGAGCUUUGACAAGAGGCGAGCGUUUAUGGAGGUGUCUACAAUGACGCAGGGGAUUGUUGAGACGCACAGUUGGUCAUCGACGCACUUGGGACGCGCGUGUGCUUGCUGCGCGCCUGCGCCAGAUUGCAUCCGUUGUGCCGGACAGGGGGUGACCGUUCCUGGGGUCACCUGUCGUGCUCUCUCUUCCUCUCCCAUUCUUUGUUUUGGGGGGGGGGGGGGGCAGGAAUGCCCUUGACCAGGGCUGAACGUGGCUAGGGCUUAGGCGGCGAAACAAGAGGCAGGCAUCUUACGAUGCUUGGCCGGUGUACCAUUACGAGAAUGAGCAGGUGGGUAAGACACCGUUGGCCGUUGAAAGGUGGUUUCAUGUGGGCAAGGACUCGCAGUCGCGUUGACUCUGGAGGAUGUGCUGGAGCGCUGGUGGGCAGAGGCACCCCUGCUGGUGGCAAUUAAAUGCGACGUGGCUAACACGUUGGAGGCGUCAGGCACUCGCCACUCGGGCGUGGGCAUGCGUCAAGCGUGUCUUGCGUGAUUGCGUGGUACGGGAGUUGGGCCAAAGGCAGGGCUUACCUACCCCUGGGCCCGACUACCGAUCAGUAGUACUGCAAUACCUGUGUGCUC